UCCGACUUGUUUGGCAAGCAAGGAUAUAAAUCAAUCGAUCGCGUCGAAACGAUCUUGAUUCACAUUUGAAAUCGUUUUGUAAAACGAGGCUGGAUGAGAUUGAAUAUGAGUACUGUUACGAGUUUAUUGAAUACAACGAAGUCUAGUUUGUUGUUGAAGUUUCGAACAAAUCCAAAGCAUCCAGCGGGUUGGAUUGCAGCUGCGAGAUCGGAGGAAGAUGCUGGAAAGAUUGUGAAAGCAAGAGAGUUGAUAAGAAAAGGUUGUGAAGAAUGUCCAACGAAUGAGGAUGUGUGGAUCAAGGCAUGUCGCUUGGUGAAUCCGGAUGAAGCUAAGGGUGUUAUAGCUAGGGGUGUUAAGGCGAUUCCCGAUUCGGUACAACUUUGGAUCCAGGCUGCAAGAUUGGAACAUGGCGCUGCGAAUAAAAGUAGGGUUUUGAGAAUGGGUCUUGAAAAGAUACCAGAUUCUGUGAGGUUAUGGAAAGCACUUGUGGAACUUGCUGCUAAUGAGGAUGAUGCAAAGCUUUUGCUUCAGAGAGCGGUGGAAUGUUGCCCGUUGCAUGUGGAGUUGUGGCUAGCCUUAGCUCGGUUGGAAAAGUAUGAUGCGGCUAGGAAGCUGUUAAAUAAGGCAAGAGAGAAGCUCCCUAAAGAACGAGCAAUUUGGAUCGCUGUAGCCAAACUGGAAGAAGCUUUUGGAAACACAUUUACGGUUGGGAAGAUAAUAGAAAGGGGUAUUGGGGCUUUACAGAGAGAAGGGGUGGAGAUUGAUCGGGAAGCUUGGAUGAAAGAGGCUGAAGCUGCUGAAUGGGCUGGUUCCGUUUGGACAUGUAAUGCUAUCAUUAGUAACACAAUUGGGAUUGGGGUGGAAGAAGAAGAAGAAGACCGUAAGGCAACUUGGCUUGCUGAUGCAGAAGACUGCAAGAAAAGGGGUUCCAUCGAAACUGCUAGAGCAAUUUAUGGCUGGGCAAAUGCUGUCUUUAAAUCAAAGAAGAGUGCAGACCACGCGGAGUAAUGGACUCAAGGCUGUUUAAAAACAAUCGCUGUACUUGAAACCCUUUUUAUAUGUUUUCUAGUACCUAGGUAUGUAGAAACUUUGGACAAAAUCUUAUAAACUGAAAUGUACCGAUAUGGGUAUUUGUAUCAGUAUAUA